AUGAGCAAUAAAGGUUUAGAAGGUAACUUGAAUUUAACUGAUUUUACUAGUUUGGAAGAAUUAGAUUGUUCUUACAAUGAACUAACGGAAAUAAAUCUCAAAAAUUGCCGACAAUUAAAAAUACUCAAAUGUAGCCAUAAUAAAUUGGGGCAAAAUAAAUUAAUAGGAUUGGAUUUAGUUGGCUUGGAAAAACUACAAGAGUUGUGGUGUAGUAAUAAUUAUUUACAAUUUCUUGAUUAUUCGGUCUUAAAUGCCGAAAAAAUGACUCUAAUAAGUGUUAGUUCUAAUAAUCUCAAUCUUUUCGAAAAACCGAAUUUAACGGUUUUUAAUCGCUUUGUUAAUUUAAAAGUGCUACAAAUUGGUAAUGAAGAUUCUGCCAAGGUGCGGCGAGGAAUUUAUAAUCAUUCUAAUUCAAUAUCGUUAGGGAUUGCUAAUACUGACAUAGAUAAGGAAUUAAAAGCAAAAAUUAGGAAGAUUAUCGAGGUAUUUGGCCACGAUGCCAAGAAUUUGGAUGAAUUGGAAGAGUUAUUAGCCGGACGAACAGUUAAGGAAGUUAUUAGAACCAAUCAAGAAUACCAGCAAAGAAUAGACUAUUUAGAGAAUGAAAACAGAUUACUCCGGAGGAUGGAAGAAGGAGAAACACCAGAAGAAACUGCAAAAAGGGAAGUUUGGGAAGAAACUAAUAUAACAGUGGAAGAUUUAGAAUUAAUAGCCACUGACGACGUUAUUUUUGCUGACUUAGAGCCCGGUAAUCAACACUGA